GGAAGCAUCCAAAAAGAGAGAUACUAGUCUAUUUUGCUCAAAGCUAGCAUUUCCCCACUUGCACUCAACACAAAAUCUGUGAUUUACCACAAUCAUUUCAUGUGAGUCAUUAAAGACAAAGGUAGAUAAAGCCUACUCUAUGUCUAUAUAAACCAGUACUCUCUUCUACGUAUCUGCAAGUCUCAGGCAAACUAUCUCUCGUAUUACUCUUCAUCAACCUUAUCACUUCACCAGAGCUAGCCAUAAGAUGAAGCUACUCUUGAUUUUUAUCUCCAUCCUGCUCAUUCAGGCUUUUGUAGGGAAUUCAUUCCUUAGCAACGCUGCAAAUUCUCCAGCUAAUAUGGAUGAAGAAAGCGAUGUGGUAGCUAUUGAUAAGAAACAUUAUCCUAAAAGAAUCAAUUGUGGUUAUUUAUGCGCAAGGAGAUGCAGGGCAUCUUCAAGAAAGAAUGUAUGCCACAGAGCAUGCAAAACUUGCUGCAACAGAUGCCGGUGUGUUCCACCAGGUACCUAUGGCAACAAGAGUGCAUGCCCAUGUUAUGCAAGCCUUAGGACCCAUGGAAACAAGCCCAAGUGCCCUUAAAUUUCAUGCAACUAUUUAGUUCCUGGAGUGCAGGACAUCCAAAUGUCUUUUGAAAGUUGAUUCUACUAUUUCCUAGCUGGUUAAUCUAUGUGUUACCUAAUAAGGGGAUAAAAUCAAGCUAUGCUUGAGGAUUUUUAAGGCCUCAUCGAGAGGAAUUUGUUCUGGUUAUAAUUAAGUAAUUAUUUUGUCUCCAUCUUUAUACUCAUUAUGUAUUUUGUCAAA